UUUUGCAGGAAGAAGAAGCUGCUCUUCUUGAAUCAUUGUUAGGUGAAAGAUGGCUAGGUUGCUCCCAUCAACCUUUUUAAGUUGCCCAACCUGCAUUUAUUUGGAAGACAGAGGUGAGUGGUGAUAAUCAUAGGACGUCCCAAAUGCCGCCGGGUUCAGCUUCAUUGCCAGUCAACAUCACGGACUGGUCCAAGAUUCUUAAAGCCGAAUACAGGGGACAUAGCGAGAGUGAUGAAGAUGUUGACGACGGCGACGACAACGAUGACGACGGAGAUCGUGAUGGAAGGGUUCCUCCGCAUGAAUAUCGGACAAUGAGAAGAGGGCCUUCGUUUCAUGAAGGAAUUGGAAGGACUUUGAAAGGAAGAGACUUGGGUCGUGCUAGGAAUGCUGUCUGGAAAAAAACAGGAUUUGAAGACUAA